AUGGAGCAUCAACAACAUCAACCCCAGCCUCAACCCCAGAAUCCGGGCCAAGACACCCCGAAACAAGAAUGGCAGAGCAACCUCUUCAACUGCGCGCCCUGCGGCACCUGCCUUCUCAGCACCUGCCUCCCUUGCAUCCUCAUCGGACGCACGUCGGGCCGCAUGAGGGAUCCUUCCAUGGAGACCUACGAAGACCUCAACAGCGAGUGCAUGAUCUUCAGCGCCAUCCACUGUCUUACCGGUUUCGGCUGGGUCUACGCCAUGAUGAAGCGCGGCGAGAUCCGCGACGAGUACGGCAUCGAGGGCAGCGACUGCUCCGACUGCUGCGCUAGUUAUUGUUGUUUAUGCUGCGUUUUGAUUCAAAGUGACAAGGAAGUCAAGUUGAGGACGGCCGGUCAGAGGCCCAUCAUGCAGGGCUACCAGAGUCAAAAGGAGGGCAUGCAGAUGCCGGCCCCUGCCGGCCAGCAGCAGCAGCAGCAGCCCAUGAUGAAGCCUGAGCACCAGCCUGAGCUCCAGCAGCAGCAGCCUCAGUUCCACCAGCCCAUGCAGCAGCAGCCCAUGCAACACCCGGGCAUCUAA